AUGACUAGGGCAAAUCCUGGGUUUUUGCAUCCAUUUAUUUCUGAAAUAGAUCGAGAAUUUCAUAGGUUAAUUAGAGCACGUAGAGCUUUUGUUACUGAUUCUCAUUCAAGUGAUUCUGAUUCUGACCUUGAUUUUGAUUCUGAUUUUGUUGCAGUUUUUUAUAACAUGGCUGAAGAAGGACCGCGAGAAAGAACAUUAAUGGAGCUGGCUGCACCUGAUUUCACCUACGAAAGCUUGUGUAUCCAGUAUCCUGAGGAUGUACCAUGUGUACUAAAAACUGGACUAAUCCAUUUAUUGCCUAAGUUUGGUGGUGUUGCAGGUGAAGAUCCUCAUAUGCAUAUCAAGGAGUUUCGUACUGUCAUAUCCACCAUGAAGCCUCCUGAAGUUGACAAAGAUCAUAUCUGUUUGAAGGCUUUUCCUCAUUCUCUUCAGGGAACUGCAAAGACUUGGCUGUAUAACCUGCCUCCUUCAUCCAUUGCAAGCUGGGACGACCUGAAAAGAAAGUUUCUUGAGAAGUUCUUCCCUGCCUCUAGGACAACUUCAAUCAGAAAAGACAUCUCAGGAAUCAGGCAGCUACAUGGAGAGACUCUACAUGAAUACUGGGAAAGAUUCAAGACACUAUGUGUAAGCUGCCCCCAACACCAGAUUUCCGAGCAGCUCCUAGUUCAGUAUUUCUAUGAGGGUUUGCUCAACAUGGAAAGACAUCUCAUUGAUGCUGCUUGUGGAGGUGCAUUGAAUGACAUGACUCCUACUGAAGCCAGACAGUUGUUUGAGAAGAUGGCUGCUAAUUCUCAGCAGUUUCACACAAGGAGUAAUGAUGCUGUUAAAACUGUUAAUGAGAUUGGGACAGAUCCAAGGAUGGACAAGCUUGAGAAGAGGAUGGAAACCAUUGCCAGCUUGGUUACUCAAUUGGCCAUGAACCAGAAUAAACCUUCACAACAGGCAAAGGUUUGUGGCAUUUGCACUAAAGACCAUAAUACUGAUGUUUGUCCUUCUCUGCAGGAACCUACAGAUGAGAAUCCUGAAGCAUAUGCUGCCAACAUUUUCAAUAAUCGACCUCAGCAAAAUUAUGAUCUGUCAUCUAACAGAUAUAAUCCUGGCUGGAGAAAUCAUCCAAAUCUUAGAUGGCAAUCUAAAGAAUCUUCAUUGGAGGAUAUGUUGAAGCAGAUGACAACCCAAAACAUGCAGUUCCAACAAUACACCAGAUCCUCUAUUCAUAAUCUGACCACCCAGAUAGGACAGAUGGCUACUUCAAUAAACCAGCUACAGUCCCAGAAUUCUGAUAAGCUGCCCUCUCAGACGGUUGUCAAUCCAAGAAAUGUGAGUGCCAUCACCUUACGGUCGGGGAAGCAAAUUGAUGCAGAUCAUGGACCCGAGCCAGAGCCUGAACCUGAAAAGGAGACAGAGACCACUACCACAAGAACCUUCCAAGUACAACCACCUUCCAUUCCUCUUCCAUUCCCUCCGAAAGCUAUGCCAAGCAAGAAGAAGGAAGAGGUAGAUAAGGGAAUCUUGGAGAUAUUCAAGAAAGUGGAGGUGAACAUACCUCUACUUGAUGCACUCAAGCAAAUUCCAAGAUAUGCAAAGUUUCUGAAAGAAUUAUGCACUCAGAAAAGGAAGCUGAAAGGAAAUGAAAGAGUUCGCAUGGGGAGAAACGUUUCUGCAAUCAUAGGUAAAGCUAGUAAACCUGCUCCUGUUUCUGAUGUUCCUGAAAAAUGUGAGGAUCCAGGUACGUUUUCUGUUCCUUGUGUCAUAGGUGAUACUAAAUUUGAAAAUGUCAUGCUAGAUCUAGGAGCUUCAAUUAAUGUGAUGCCUAUGUCUAUUUUUAAAUCACUUUCACUUGGACCUUUGAAACCUACGGGUGUUGUCAUCCAAUUAGCAAAUAGGAGCACGGCACACCCUGCUGGAUGGGUAGAGGAUGUUUUGGUUAGGGUUGGUGAACUUGUUUUCCCUGCUGAUUUUUAUGUGCUUGAAAUGGAAAAAGGAUCUUCCCGUAAUACAGUUCCUAUCAUUUUGGGGAGACCGUUUUUAAAGACAGCCCGAACCAAGAUAGAUGUUUAUGCUGGUACACUGACUAUGGAAUUCAGUGAUAUCGUGGUUAGGAUAAACAUUUUUGAUGCUAUGAAACAUCCACCUGAAGAUUAUUCUGUGUUUCAUAUUGAUUUGCUUGAUGAACAUGAAUCUGAUUUCCUACAUGAUUCUGAUUAUCCUUCCCUAACUGAGUCAUACACUUGUCAUACAUGUACUGCUACUGAAAUGUGUGAUUCUUGCAUUGAUCAAUUUUUGGACACUGUUGUUGUUGACUCAGAUGUUAAGAAAUCUGAUUGUACUAACCCAGUUGUUGAAGUGCAGGCUGCAGAAACUGUAUCUGCUAGUUUGGUUCCAUCUGUUUUGCAGGCACCCGUAUUGGAGCUUAAGCCCUUACCAGAUAACCUCAAGUAUGCUUACUUGGAGGAUGAUAAGAAGCUCCCUGUCAUUGUUUCCUCAACCCUUCAUGAAAAUCAAGAGGAAAAGUUGCUGCAAGUACUAAAGAAGCACAAGAAAGCUAUUGGUUGGACCUUAGCUGACAUUCCUGGUAUUAGUCCAUCCAUGUGCAUGCAUAGAAUACUCUUGGAAGAAGGAGCGAAGCCAGUAAGACAACCACAAAGGAGACUCAACCCAGUGAUACUUGAUGUAAAGACAGGACUUACCGUAGUGAAGAAUGAGAGGAACGAGCUUAUCCCUACUCGAGUGCAAAACAGUUGGAGAGUCUGCAUUGAUUAUAGGAGGCUCAAUCAAGCAACCAGAAAGGAUCACUUUCCUUUACCCUUCAUUGAUCAAAUGCUUGAGCGCUUAGCAGGUAAAAGUCACUACUGUUUUCUUGAUGGUUUUUCUGGGUACUUUCAAAUUCACAUUGCUCCUGAGGACCAAGAAAAGACCACAUUCACUUGUCCCUUUGGCACUUUUGCCUAUAGGAGGAUGCCCUUUGGCCUAUGCAAUGCCCCUGGUACAUUCCAGCGGUGCAUGGUAAGUAUUUUCAGUGAUUUCUUAGAGAGUUGCAUCGAGGUCUUUAUGAAUGAUUUCACUGUUUACGGAUCUUCAUUUGAUACAUGUUUAGAUAAUCUGGAUAAAGUUUUGCAUAGGUGCAUCGAAACUAACCUUGUUUUGAAUUAUGAGAAGUGUCAUUUUAUGGUAGAGCAAGGCAUAGUUCUAGGUCAUGUGAUUUCUAACAAAGGCAUAGAGGUGGAUCCUGCCAAGAUAGAUGUUAUUUCACAUUUGCCUUACCCCUCUUGCGUGCGAGAGGUGCGUUCUUUUCUUGGCCAUGCAGGUUUUUAUCGCAGGUUCAUUCAGGAUUUCAGCAAGAGAGCCCUUCCUCUUUCUAACUUGCUGCAGAAGGAAGUGGCGUUUGAUUUUGAUGAGAAAUGCAGAGAGGCGUUCGAUUGCCUCAAGAAAGCCUUGACCACUACUCCUAUCAUUCAGGCACCGGAUUGGACAGCCCCUUUUGAGCUUAUGUGUGAUGCCUCUAAUUACGCAUUGGGUGUUGUCCUUGCUCAAAAAGUAGAUAAGUUGCCUAGGGUAAUAUAUUAUGCAUCUAGGACUUUAGAUUCUGCACAAGCGAAUUACACAACCACUGAAAAAGAACUUCUAGCUAUUGUGUUUGCUCUAGAUAAAUUUCGAUCAUAUUUGCUAGGUUCUAGAAUUAUUGUGUACACUGACCAUGCAGCUCUAAAGUUCCUGUUGAAGAAGGCUGAAUCAAAACCUAGGUUGAUCCGAUGGAUGCUCUUACUCCAAGAGUUUGACUUGGAGAUUAGAGAUAGAAGUGGAGCACAGAAUUUGGUGGCCGAUCACUUGAGUCGGAUAGAGAGGGAUGCUGAUACUCUUCCCAUUAGAGAUGACUUUCCGGAUGAGCGGCUCUUUAAUAUUUCAGUUUCAUUUCCAGCACCCUGGUUUGCUAAUAUUGUUAAUUAUUUAGUUGCUUCUGUUUUCCCUCCAUUUGCUUCUCGAGCUCAGAUUGCUAAGCUCAAGAGUGAUGCUAAAUAUUAUUGUUGGGAUGACCCCUAUUUGUGGAAGUUUUGUACUGACCAGGUUAUUAGGAGGUGCAUUCCAGAUCAUGAGAUUGAGUCAGUCCUUCAGUUUUUCCAUGCUUCUGCAGUGGGUGGUCACUUUGGACCCCAAAGGACAGCACGCAAGGUGCUUGAUUCUGGAUUUUACUGGCCCACCAUCUUCAAAGAUGCGUCAAGGAUUUGCAGCACCUGUGAGCCAUGUCAGAGAGCAGGCGGUACCAUUUCUUGGAGAAAAGAUAUGCCUCAACAACCCAUGUUGUUUUGUGAGGUCUUUGAUGUCUGGGGUAUCGAUUUUAUGGGUCCUUUUCCUGUUUCUUUUGGUUUUUAUUAUAUUUUGCUUGCUGUUGAUUAUGUUUAUAAAUGGGUGGAAGCUAAGGCCACCCGGACUAAUGAUUCUCUAGUUGUUGUGGAUUUUGUUAGGUCUAACAUCUUUUGCAGGUUUGGCAUUCCUAGAGCAAUCAUUAGUGACCAAGGCACCCACUUCUGCAAUAGGUCCAUGCAAGCUCUUCUCAAGAAAUAUGGGGUUGUUCAUAAAAUUUCCACACCAUACCAUCCUCAAACAAAUGGGCAAGCUGAGAAUUCCAACAGAGAGAUAAAGAGGAUUUUGGAGAAGACUGUCUAG